AUGUUUUACACUAUUAACGAGGAGUAAAACCAGGACAUACCUGAAAAGGUGCCAUUAAUCAGAAAAUACAAAUUGUAGCAUAAUCAAAGAGUCAAAAACAAUAAAGUUAAAUCAGUAAAAUGGACUAAGAAAGAUCUGGUUUAUGAAAAAUUGUCUUAAAAUAACAGACCAUACUAUGUUGAAAUUGCCAGACUAAUUUAAGAAAUGGAAGAGAGGAAAUAGUGUACUUUUAAGCCUUAAGUAAACUAAGAAGGUCGUAGAUAUGAUGAUUAACAAGACUUAUUUGAGAGAUUAUACUAAGAAAAACAGCUUAAAGAUAUGGAUCAUUAGAGAAGGCAGCAUAUUAAAAUGGUAAAGGAAACUCUUGGCUGCACAUUUACUCCUAAUAGAAUUACUAAACCACAAAACAGUAGGUAGCUUUUCGAGAAGCUUUAUAAGGAUCAUGAAUAUCUGCAAAAGAGUAGGUAAUUUAAAAAACUGAUUAUGGAAUAGCAGGAAUAGCAAGGCCUUACUUUUACCCCAUAAUUACUAACUAGAUCAAGAGACAAUUCAAACAGCAAACUCACAUAAAAGGAUUAAAGAAAGAGAUUUGAAGAUUUAUAUCAGGAUUCUAGUAAGAGAGAAGAAAAAAUAAAUAAGUUGAAGUAAGAUCAAAAUCAUUUGAUAGAUUCUCAAUAAAAAAUGAAAUUUAGAGCUAGAAGCAAUUCGUUUUCAAGCAAAUCAAUUAAAGACAAUGAUGAGAGAAGUCUCCCUCGAUAUGUCUGUCUCUAUGAGAAAUCACUAUAAAAGAAGGACAAAAUGAGAAAGCUUGAAAAAGAUGUUGAUAAGGAAAGAGGUAUUACCUUCACCCCAACAAAAUACUCAGCCUAAUCAGUGAGAAAUACAUCAUAAUCUAAACUUAUAAACUAAAACGAACCAACUAAAAUAUUGAAUAUGAAAAACAUGUCGAGUAAACAGUCAAAGGCGAAGUUGCCCCCAAAGCCUAUAAAUAUGAGCAGAAAGUGA